CUUUUUCUGUAUUCUCAAAUUUCGAUUUUCGAGUCCGAGACUACAACUCUGUCGAGAGUGGUCUGUGGAGGUUGAAAGUCUAUUAUAAUUUAUUUCAUAUUAAUUGAAGUUUUUUAAAACUUCAUUCAUUGUUGUUUUAAUUUCUACGAUUUUUCUAUAAGUUAUAUUCUUUAUUGCUAACGACAAUUCUUUCAUUUAUUUUGUCUUCAGUUCGAAACAGAAUUGGCAAUCAUGAGUGAAACAUUGAAAAUGUUAAAAGAACAAUCUAAAAUAAGGAAAAAGUUAUUGGCCAAAACGUUGGGAUUUUCUGAUGUUCAACAGUUACGAAGAGCUUUGAAUACUCACAGGGAGGCCACACCAAUGAGUUCCGUCCGUAAAGUAGUAAAUAAAUGUAAUGCCCAACCAAAGAGUCCAGAACAUACAUACAAUGAUUCAUCAACAUUUCUCAAAGGUACACAGUCAUCUAAUCCACACAAUGAUUAUUGUCAACAUUUUGUUGAUACUGGUCAACGUCCACAAAAUUUUAUUAGAGAUGUUGGUCUUACUGACAGAUUUGAAGAGUACCCUAAGCUAAGGGAGUUGAUUCGCCUAAAGGAUGAACUUAUACAACAAACGGCUACUCCUCCAAUGUUUCUGAAAUGUGACCUUAGCACAUUUAAUUUAAAAUCAUUGAACCAAAAAUUUGAUGUCAUACUUGUCGAGCCUCCACUUGAAGAAUAUCAACGAACCCUGGGUUUAACCAAUACAAAAUUAUGGAAUUGGAAACAGAUAAUGGACCUGGAGUUAGGCGAAUUAGCUGCUAAUCGUAGUUUUAUUUUUCUCUGGUGUGGUUCAUCUGAUGGUUUGGAUAAAGGCCGCGAUUGUUUACGACGAUGGGGUUUUAGACGCUGCGAAGAUAUUUGUUGGAUUCGGACAAAUUCUAAAAAUCCUGGACAUUCAAAAAAUCUAGAACCUAAUGCUGUCUUUCAACGCACUAAGGAGCAUUGCUUGAUGGGCAUCAAAGGAACAGUUCGUCGAUCUACAGAUGGUGACUAUAUUCAUGCUAAUGUUGACAUUGAUUUGAUUAUUAGUGAAGAGAAUGAACACGGUUCAAUAGAAAAACCUGUUGAAAUAUUUCAUAUUAUUGAACAUUUUUGCCUAGGAAAAAGAAGAUUACAUUUGUUUGGACGCGACAGUACUAUACGUCCAGGAUGGCUGACUUUAGGACCUGAAUUGACUAAUUCUAAUUUCAACACAGAAAUGUAUAAUGGAUAUUUCAAUAAUGGGCAAUUAACAACAGGCUGUACUGAUCGUAUUGAGGUCCUUAGACCAAAGUCUCCUCCACCUAAAUGUAAAAUACCUAUAGGAAUAAGAAAAGGCAACCCUUGUAUGAAUAGAGGUAGAGGAAGAAUGUAACUGAUGUCAAAUACUGUUAUUUAGAUGUUUUUAUUAAUGUAUUUGUGUCAUAGAUAUAAUAAUAUAUGAUAUUAUGAUAUUGUAUUAUCUACAAUUUGAGUAAGCUUGAAUAAUUUUAUAACAAUUUGUAAAUAAAAUAUUUUUAAGUUAUGUUAGAAUAUAAUUUUCUAUCCCUCUUUCUCUUGGUAGGUACUUAAUCAUACCCAAAUGUCAAUUUCCAAAUGCUACUUGUACUUUUAAGUGUAGCAGUGCUUGACAACAGUGCAAAUAUGUAAUAUAUUUUAUUUAUAUAUAUUAUAUUUACUACUAAAUGUAUUUUUCUUCUUAUUUGUAAAUUAUAAUAUUUAAUUUAAGUGUUUGGUAAUUGUAUUUACUAUGUAGGAUAUAAACAUGUAGUAGCUUCUAUAUUGUUAUGUAUGGGCGCCCACAGGGGAGCCGGCAGGAGCCAUCCCCCUCCCACUGUUUUAGUUAUUUAUUAUUAUUUUUUAUUGAAUAUUAUAGCUUUGGCAGCAGGGUCCAUUAGCUAUAAUAUAUUUUAGUUAAUAUGAAUAUUAUUUAAUCACUUGUAAAAAAAAUGGUAUUGGCUGUAUUAUCAGAGAUUUUUGACUCGCCUCCCUCUGGGUUUAUAUUAUAUUGCGGGCACCUUUGAUAAUAUGUACUGUACUUGAGCCAGUAUAGGCAUUUAUAGUUUAUACUAUUAAAUAAAUAUUGAACAAAAAAUGUUAGAAUGAAUGAA